AUGUAUACUCACCAGGUCUUGUCCCUGGCGCUGGCUAGCGGCCUGGCUACGGCUUUGCCGCUGACGUGUCCUAAUACUGUGAACUCCGGGUCUGGCUCUGGCUCUGGCUCUGGCGCGCCUACCGUCUACUUCAUCCGCCAUGGCGAGAAGCCCAGCGAUGGUGGCGUUGGUCUUAGCUCUGAGGGCGAAGACCGCGCCGAGUGUCUCCGGAAUAUCUUCGGCAAGAACUCCGAGUACAAGAUCGGACAGAUCCUGGCUAUGACUCCUAAGGACGAUGGCCAUCGAGCGCGCCCCCGUGACACCGUCGAGCCGCUCGCUCAGGACUUGGGUCUUAAGGUCGACACGUCCUGUGAUAGAGAUGAUGCCGCCUGUGUCAAGUCUCUCGUUGAGGGCUACAAGGGCGACGGCAAUAUCUUGAUCUCCUGGCAGCAUAGUGCGUUGACGGAGCUCGCCAAGGCGUUGGGUGAUGAGAACGCCGAGACAUACCCUGAUGAUAGGUUUGACUUGAUCUGGACUUACCCAUCGCCCUAUGAUAAGUUGACGGAAACUGUCGAGGAGAAAUGUCCCGGCUUGGAUGAGGGUCAGUCUGGCAACAAUAUUCAGGCUCGUCAUAACCAGCAGCCGGAGGAUCAGCAGACUCAGGAUCAGGAGGCUCUGGAAAAGCAGGCCAAGUCUAUGACUGGCAACUCCUCCUCCCAGACCGGCAACGGCAACGGCGACAACUCCUCCACCAAUACUGGCGGCGGCAAUGACUCCUCCACGGCUGGCAAUGAUGAUGAUUUUGACUGUGACGACGACCUUGACGGUCCGAAUAGUGGUCUGGAUCUGGAUGAUAGCAACAGCAACAGCAACAGCAACAGCAACAGCAACAGCAACAGCAACAGCAACAGCAACAGCAACAGCAACACCAACAGCAACAACAACAGCAACAGCAACGCCAACAGCAACAACAACAGCAACAGCAAUGCCAACAGCAACAACAACAGCAACAGCAAUGCCAACAGCAACAACAGCAGCAACAGCAAUGCCAACAGCAACAGCGACAGCAACAGCAAUGCCAACAGCAACAGCAAUGCCAACAGCAACAGCAACAGUAAUGACAACAGCAACAUGGAUAGCAACAACUCUACCAUGACGGGUGGCGGCGGUGGUGACUUCUCUACCGAGACCGGCGGCGGCG